AUGACGUCAACGGCGGUGUUCCUGUUUGCUCUGGCGCUUUCAGAUACGCUUGUGUUGUUCAGCACACUUCUGCCAGUCUGGGUGUUAUAUACAUGGGGCAUUGACAUCAAUAUGCUGAGUAACCCCGGGUGUAAAACGAUAGUUCACCUUGCCUACUGCAGCACCCACCUCUCCUCGUGGCUGAUCGUGGCUGUCACACUUGAGAGAACAGCUUGCGUGCUGUUCCCGCAUAAAGUGAGACUCGGCUGUUCCCCACGAAACGCUGGGCUGAUCAUCGUCACUAUUGUGCUAGCCGUGUUCGGAAUUAAUGUAAUACUACUCGUGAUAUUUGAUGUGAAUGGAUAUACGGGCUGGACGUGCGCUCCGUCCACGACGGAGAACUACGACCUUCUUUACUACAAUUACGGAUGGAUCGACUUUACGUUAACUUUCGGCGCGCCGUUCCUGCUGCUACUCAUUGGCAACGUCACCAUCGUAGUGCAGCUCGCGCGCUCCCGUUCAAGACGUCAGCGGACGAACAUUUCCGAUCAGCUUGAGAAGCUCCAGGCGCUCAUGUCAGUUGAUCCUUACACGGCCCUGUACGAUACCGUGUAUUUUUAUUUCCUUUUCGGUGUUGCCAUUCUGGACAGCUACUUCAACUACACCUUCAACUUUGUCAUCUACGUGUUCAGCGGCUCCAGGUUCCGCGCAAAGCUGACGAGCCUGCUUUGUUGUAAGGCAACACAUGGCAUCAGACUGUUUGGAAGAUAG